GGAGGAGGUGUAGUCGGCGAGGCGACCGCGCCAGCACGAUACCCCGGCACCGGCAGACCGAGCUUAACGCCGUCGUCACCGGCCAACAUAAAUAUACUACGAGCACCACGGUUAACGUUUUGCUGCUACUAGUACUUACUUCAGCUGCUAGCAGAACGACGUACGUACGUAGUGAGUGCGGCAAAAGCAAUCGAAAAGGGGUAGGUGGAGGCGAGCGAGCGGGCGGGCGGCGUUGGGUUUCGCCGUCGGCGGUAGCGGUACCGACCACCGAGCGGAGGCGAUGGAGACGGUGGAGGAGGACGUGGAGGAGUACAGCUGGAGGGAGGUGGUGCUGCCGCGCCUCAUCCCGGUGGUGCCCCACGCUGCGCCGGAGCUCGAGCGCGAGACCGGGGAGCGCCGCCGCGGCAGGGACCUGCUCGUCGCCGUCGACUUCGGCCCCAACUCCAGGCACGCCUUCCGCUGGGCGCUCGCCCACCUCGCGCGCAUCGCCGACACCCUCCACCUCGUCCACGCCGUCUCCAGUGUGCAAAAUGAUCUGGUAUACAACAAGAGCCAGGAACUGAUGGAUGAGUUGGCCGUCGAGGCAUUCAAGGAGUCACUGGUCCAUACCAAGGCACGGAUUGUUGAAGGGGAUGCCGGAAAGGUUAUUUGCCGAGAAGCAGAGCGAUUGAAGCCAGCAGCCGUCGUUAUUGGCACACGUGGUCGAAGUCUUAUUCAGAGUGUGUUGCAGGGAAGUGUCAGUGAGUAUUGCUUCCACAACUGUAAAGCAGCACCAGUUAUCAUUGUCCCAGGCAAAGAAGCUGGUGAACAGUCUGUGCUUUGAAGAGGGGACGGCGACAAGUAGGAGACAGCGGUGCACUGGUUUGGUGUCGCACCUUCAGUUUAAUGUAAUUUAUCUGAUAAGACGUGUGCAUGUUGUUGUUCUGGAUUGGUUUGUAGUGAGAAUAUUUAUUCUGAGCAAGGUAGCGAGAACAUAUUAUAAAUGCUUUUUCUGUAAUCUGAAUCCUUUGUGUAGCUUGGUAGUGAAGAAUUGUGGAUCGCUUAUGAUUUGGUACACUAGCAAUACAAGAAUAACACUUCACGCACAAA